GGACGAUGAGACUAUUUAGAGACUUCUGCAUAUAAUUACUCAAACCCAACGCUUUUUUUUUGUUGCCCAGAAGUCCAUUCAAUUUCUCUCCAUCUCUCGACCUCUUCUUUGUAUUUCUUCAUCAUCAUCAAUUCAUCAAGGGAAUCCGAGAAAAUUAGGGAAAUAAAGACUACUGAAUUCUUCAAGGUUUCUUUUAGGAUUGAAUAAUAGUCGAGAUAAAGGAAACUCAAUAUUUUACUUAUCACCUUCUACUUUUGCCUAUUUGUAGGUGAUAAUGAUUGAAAUAUGCUAUAUUUGUGGACAUAAGGGCUUUUCAAAUGCUCUACUCGACUGCUCAAAGUGUUCAGCUUCUUCUGUGCACCAGUAUUGCUUGGGUAUAGCACCAGGAAGCAUCGAUCAUACGUUUAACUGGGUCUGUGAAAGCUGUUCUAUACCAACGGAGGGUGGAAGCGAGAUAGAUGCUUUGCCGGAAGAGCCAGAACCAUUAUGCAUGUUGCUGCCAGCACAAUACCAUGGAAGCUCUACAAGAGAAAAAACAAGCAAUUUGUCUCGAAAACAUGAACCAUCGAUUUCUUCUUUUAUGGAACACCCUGAUUCAAUAAUGCGGGGACUAGUCCUACUCGUAAACCUGUCAGGGGAAAUCUUCGUUGAUGAAGAGAAAAGCUUUUCUCAUAUUGGUAACAUGAGUUGGCCCACCAAAUUCGAAAGAGAUACUGAAGGAGCAAGCAGUGAACCAUUGGGAAAUUCAAAGAAGCGCAAGCAUAUAAAUCAGAAGAGCAACAAGUACAAGGUGAAAUUUAACAGCAAUAAGAAGCUUUCUUUUGGAUCAGCAUCGUAUCGUAAACAGUUGGUAAGAGAUGAAAUUGUGACGAUGCUUUUAAGUGCUGGUUGGACUAUCGAACACAGGCCUAGGAUGGAUAGGAUGGAUGGUGGAAGUACGAAACAUUAUAAAGUGUAUGUGAGUCCUCAAGGAAAGGGUCAUUGGUCAGUCCCUAAGGCGUACCUUUCGUUCGAGAAGGAUGUGAGGGCUAAAGCUAGAGCUUGCAAGAGUAAAGUUGGUGAUGGUUCUGGUAACUCUAACUUCUGCUUUAAACCAGUGCCAAAAAAGGUACUUAGUGUGUUGAAUGGAAGAUCACAGGUUAAUAGAUAAAAAUAAAUCUGAAUUCUUGGCACAAAUUGAUGGGGAAAAAAGAUUUUAUAUUCCUUCAACUUGUAUUGAAUUUUUGUGAAAUUUUGGUGGAAUUCAAGCGAACUUUGAUGGAUGGAUGUAAAAUCAUUUCUGAAACAAGAGAACUUAGAUAUGUAAAUAAUUUUCGAAUAAUUACUUUAUUUUUUUAGUUUUUAAUUCUUAUGGGUGAUGGAAUGUUAAUGUUGUUAGUUUUUAAUUACUUAAGGGUGUGUUUGGUAAACUGAUUUUUCUUUUUUUGUUCUGGUAUCUUUUGUUGACAUGUUUGAUUAGUUAAAAAUAGUGUAUAUUUGUUGACUAUUAAAGUAGCCG